AUGCAUCGAACACUUGGACGAAAACAACCAACAAAGAGGGUCAAUAUGGAACUGGAAAUUGAAGAACUCACCGUCACCCUGGGAUCGACGCAAUUGGAAAGAAUCGGCCAAGGCCACUGCGGGACGGUGUGGGCAGUCCAUUGUUCGGAUUGCAAUGGGCAUCUUCACAUGGCCAUGAAGCGUGAGGAUGGCGCCCCUGGAAGAUCAAUCACUCUUGAAUACCAAAUGCAUCAAAAAUUACUAAAAGCUUCCCUACCAUCUCGAUUUACCUCUUUCGCCAUACCUAGAUCCUUUGGAUACUUGGCUUCUCAGGACAGCGCGACUUGGUCCGGCAUUCUCCUAAGGCUGCCUGCGAAUUACACAGGAUGCAACGCUAUUGUUAGCGAGAAGAUUGUACCAGUUUCAACUUCCAUUAGGAGGCAUCUUGUGCAAAAACUUCGACCUGAUGUCAACGUGGAAGACGUCAUAAACAGCCAGAGCAACGAGCAUUGUCUCAUUCGACCGUAUCUUGCAUUCAGUUUGCGAAAUUUCCCAUUACACUUGGAUCAGAUGGAGCAACUUGGGAUUGAUGCAGGAGAUUAUGCGAUAGGAAUGGCAGAUGCUCUUGCUUUCCUGCACUGGGUUGCGAAGGUAGACGGCAAUGAUGUCGAAUAUGUGCUCGCACAGCCUCGAAGCGAUUCCGAUACUGCCUCAACUCAGGGUCAGCUCGAUGACAGACACUUAAAUAACACCAACAUAUUAGGUCCUCAUGCAUUGUGGAUAUUGGACUUUGAUCUGUGCAGGGAUUUGAUUUUCGAUGAAAAAGGCAUUGAGCAAGCCUGUAAGGCGUUUUGGCGCAACGAUCCAUUUUAUCCGCGACCUGGUAGUUCUAAUACAGAGAGCCAGAGGCUUUGGGCAAUAUUUGAAGAGCGAUUCAUGGUAUCAAGCGCUGAGGCGUUGAGAUCCGAGCCGGACCAGAUUAAACAGCUCCCUAAACGUCUGAUAGAGAUGAUCAAACAGGCAAAAGGAACUAUGACAAUUGGUAGUAAUUAGGCAAGGGCGCCUUGGAGAAACUAUGGAGGAUUUAUGAUUUAUAAUAACGGCAAGAUUUUAAUAAAAUAUGUUCAUUUUUUUACAUUUAGUAGCCACAAGAUCAAUUGCU